AAAAUAAAGUGACCAGCUGGUAACCGUUGGUUUGUUUUAUUUGCAUUUCCCGCGAAAAUACAAGCAAUCCAGGAAAAUCAAAUGGACCCAAUGUUUUCAGUAAGAUUUGAAUAAAUUGCACGUAAGUGGCGUAGGCGAAUUAGUUCAUUUAUUACUUCGGUGCAACUAACUGUUGAGUCUGAAUCGGAAGCAGAAUAUGAAGAUAUUACCCGUGUUGGCCAUCGUUGUCACUUUCGGCAGCUUCCACGCAUUUGCCUAUCCAUGCGAGGGAGGACUGCUCGCGUGUCAACCCGUACUCGGACAUGGUUCAUUGGCGCUGGGGCAUAGUUCCUUGGCACUCGGACACAGUCAUUUAGCUGUUGCUCCUGCUCCUUUAGCACUUGGACAUGCUCAUUUGGGACUUGGCCUCGGCCUCGGCCUCGGUCAUCAUAAUUUAAUCAAAAAGGUUCCUGUUAUGCUCCCUCCGCCAUUACUAGUAAAGUUACUUCCUCCAGCACCACUAUGUCCUGCAAAAUGUGAAGCGCCAGUUUGCCCUCUACCCUGCCUAACGAAAAAGUAAAAGCAUUGCCGAUUUAGAAGUUUGAACAGAACAUCACUUGGGACAGGAGACAUAAAAUAAUGGAGUCACAGAAGAAAAUAUCUGCCGCCAACAGAAUCAAAUUCAUCUAAGGCUUUUAGACGAAAUUCAUUAGCUCAGCAAAUUUGUGAAAAGGAAAAGAAAAAGUAAAGACAGUGAUAUGUA